UAUAAGUUUAUCCCUGACCACACAAAAAGAUCAUAGUGAUUGAAAAGCGCAAUGGAACAUAAUUCAGAACGCAGCGAUUCCUUUGAGGAACAGCAUCCCGAGCAAUCCAUUGUAGAAGAUGACAGCUCUGUGUCACAUCCUUUGCGAGCACAACCGCAGAAUCCAUCGAAUCGUUUAGGAGACGUCGAUGUCGAAUCGUAUGGUGGAGUAUCUCCUGUUAUGUCUCAUCAAAAGGAACCGCCACAUUUCAAUCGAGCUAUCGACCCACAAUACAAAUUUCGAGAGAUCUAUGCAAAGGCAGAGGUAAAACCAAAGCCCAAAGAUCCUGAACCUGUCCCGAAGAAGCAGUAUUCUUGGAUUGAGAGAAUGAACAAAACCGCAGUGAAAGAAGACGAUGAAGACAACGAGCCUGAAAAGGAAAAAGAAAGCUUGGUUGACAAAUUCAUCGACUUUCUCAAUGCGUUUGGAGAAUCACCAGAAGGUACUCCAGAGCAAGAAGUUGAUCAUAGUAUUCAAGAAGUCGAUCUUGGCGCUCAAGAAAUCGAUCUUAGUCCUCAACAAGUUGACCCCAGUGCUCAAGACGUUGAUCGUAGUUCGCAAGAACUUGGUCACAGUACGCAACAACACAGCGUAGAAUUCGAACCAUCCGAGGACGCUUAUGAUACAACUCAGGCUGAUAUUACUUCUCGAAGGGAUGAUACAACACAGAACGAGCCUAUUUUACUCCCGUCAAAAUCGUCGAGGUCUAUAUCCUCGUAUGGAACUGGAGAGAUCUCAGAAUUCAAUAUGUCGGAUAAUCAAUAUGAUAACUAUCAACAAGUAGAAAGACUUGAUGAUAAUGCUCGGCGAAACUCAUGGUCAAAGCCUUCUGGGCUACAUCAGUCCGGAUUGCAGGAGCCACAACCUAUAGUAUUUUCUACACCAAGAAAGCAACCUGAUUCUAAAAUAAGCAAAAGUGCUCCAUCGAAGUCUCAUAGAUCAUCUUUUGGUACAAGAAGAUUUGACCCAUUUCAUAUGCAAGAACAUCCGUCCUAUCCUGGAGCUUCUUCGCCAAAUUGGGGAGCUGGCACCUUCGCUUCUCCGGAAGAUAGCCCUGCAAAGAGCAGAAAGCUGUCAGGACGACAUGCUUUUGAUGACUCCUCUUUCGCCCAGAAUGGUAGGAGAAAGUCAAGACAAGGAAGCGUAGAAGCAGUCAAACCGUCUAGCUACUUGAGUAUUCCCCCAAUGCUACCAUCCGAAUUAUGUUUAGAACCACUCCAUCAUCCAUCGUCUCAAGUGGAUUGGUUGACUUUUGAUGAUCUUGGAAUCGAUAAACUCUUUGACGCGCCUCUUGUUGGCGCAGAUAAGGCUAUGGUUAAGGACAUUUCGCAACAUCUAUCCGACGAAGCCGUUGGAAACAAGAGUGUCAGCAAGAUCAUGCCACCUACCGUUCCAAGUUCAUUGGCAUUAAAUUGCCUACUGAAUCCAUCACCGUCCUGCCUCGACUGGGCAUCAUGGGACAUUGAUGAUAUUGGCCUAGAAAGGUUGAUGCCUGCUGAGGACGGCCUACCCGAAUCCAGUUCUUUGAACGAGUGGAUUAACAGGACUCACAGCAGUGAACAAAGACCCAUGAAGACCAGCGCACUUCAUGAACAAACGAACCAAGAUAGCUCUUGCUUACCUGUCAUAGAACCCAGGCCACACAAACUUGGGGUAAAUCUUUCUACCAUGUUCGAUUCUCAAGAUACCAGUGGAGACUUUGACAAGUCAGCAAGUACUACUGGACGCAUACAUGAUACCAUUCAGAGACCAAAAAAUGUUCAAACUGACUGGCAUUUGGGUUCUGAAGGGUCCAUCAAAGAUGUUCCACCGGAGAUCAACGUAAAUGACAGCUGGUCCUCAUACAUGGCACUCAAAGCUGCUCAGGAACGACCACCACCCGUCGAAGACCGGUAUCAGUCUCCAGGAUCUUUAGCUCAAGACAAUUUUGAUUCAAAAUAUAAUGGCCCUUCGCAUUUGUCAAACCUGGCGCAAGCUAGUUCGGUGAAUGUCGAAGAGGCUGUCGAGCAGCGAAAGCUAAGAAAACGAGAGAUGAGAGAAGAGAAUCGAUCAAAGGACUGGGCGGACAAUAUGGAUGACAAUCAGUUGGAGACAUUGUUUCCGCAGCAAUUCGAGGACUCUACCGACCGAUCCUCACAACAAGAAAUUGGAGCAGAAUCCAAGGUACCUACUUGGACAACCGAAUAUGAAUCCAAAAACUGGCUGUCCGAAAGUGGUUACUUGGCAACACCGCUUCAUGGAGUCAAAGCAGAUACAGACGAAGAUGCCCAAAAUCCUCAACUGCAACUCCAUCACAAGCUGCAUGGCAUUGUGGACACUGUAGCCAGCAGUGUUGGAGCUGUUGCUGGCACUGCUGUAGGAGCGAUCUCAUACUUAUUUGGUGAAAGUUCGCACUCGGCUGAAGAAAAGCCAAGAGAGACCUCAUAUGCAUCCAACGCGGCCCUUAAUGCAGGUGACCAAAAAUAUGCAAAGGAACAUGAGGAAGAUGAAGGCGUACAAGCUAUUGCCACCGUUCCAGACAGUCAUCUUGUUGAUGCAGAAGAACAACUCUAUGUAGCAAAGCAAGAGAAGCCUGAUCUGUCAUUAGGACAUGUUGAUGACGACUCUCACAUUAUAAAUCUUCAUCCGAGUUUGCUUCGGCCCACUGAGAAGCGAGAGCUGUCAAGCGAGCAACCAUUAGGCUCAUCAGAUCACCUAAGCUAUCCCAGUGCUGCACCACAACUUGAAUUGCCUGAAAACUUGCAGCAUGGAGCUGACAAGACAACUGAAAGCGACUUGACAGAUAAUGCUGUCUCUCAAAACAUGGCAGUUGUCCUUGAUGACCAAGAUGGAAAUGAACAAGUUGUUGAUUCCGCACCUGAAACUAAGACGGAAAGUGCAAACGAUAAUGAAAUCCGCAAUUUAUUCAAUGGCGAUCCUGAUAGUGUCCGUCAGUCAUUCAAAUCAGACGAUCCACAUAAAACUACCAUGGACGACCGUCGUCAAAUUUGGGAGGCUAGUGUGUCUAGCGCGCUUGGUCAAGCCGCUAGCACUCUUGGACUAAAACCACAGAGCAAGGAGAAGAAGUUGGACUUGGAAAAUUAUCACGUUGUCGAUAGUGGAUAUAAGCCGUCUACUUAUGAACCUGGUCGCAACCAAUUCGACAGUGACUUUGAAAACUGGAGGCAUGAUUCUCCAUCAAGCACUCCCUUUAAUGAAGCCGAAACAAAGCCUAGCGAAGCCACUGAUGAACAAGCACCAAUCGUAGCUGAGAAUAGUGAAAGUGAUCAACGGGCGGCGCUUCCUGACCAAAACAGUAUGACUAUAAGCUCCUUGCCGCUGGGUAAACCUAUUACUUAUGAACUUGGUCGUUUCAAUGAAUGUACAGACUGGAAGCACGAAUCUCCAUCAAGGACACCCUUCAACGAAGCUGAAGCCCAGAGAAGUGAAGCCACAGAUUCACCAAAGAAGAUUACGGAUAUUGUAAGUGGCCAGCAAAUACUCCAUGAUCAAGACAGUAUGGCUAUGAGCUCCAUGCCGUCUGGUAAAUCGUCUACCUAUGAACCUGGUCGUAAUCAACUCGACAAUGGUUCUGAAUUUGGGAAGCACGAUAUAUCAAAGAUCACUUUUGACGAAGCUCAGACCAAGCGCGGCGAAGCCAGUGGUAAACAAGCUCCAACAGAAGCCAAGAAUAUUGAAAGUGGUCAAGAUACACUUCCUGACCAAAACAGUAUGACCAUAAGCUCGCUACCGCUUGGUAAACCAAUUACUUAUGAACCUGGUCGUAGCGUGCUGGUCAAUGACUCUGGAAACUGGAAUCAAGGUUUCUUACCAGUAACUCCUGUAACUGUGGCUGAAACCAAGCAAAGCGAAGAAACUGAUCAACGGGUCAACCGGAAUGAAGGUUUCUUACCAGUGACUCCUGUGACUGUAGCUGAAACCAAGCGAAGCGAAGAAACUGAUCAACAAGUACCAGUGCAAACUGAGAACAUUGGAAAUGACCAACAGGUAGUUCCUGACCAAAACAGCACUACCACAAGCUCUCUAUCGUCUGGAAAACCGACGUGGGAUAGAGCUGAAUUCCAUGACCCCAGCGAUUACAUGAAGGGUACGGAAAGCCAUAUGCAACAGCAGCAACCACAGCAGCCAGACACCACCACGUCCAGUUCGCAUACUGGAAGAGGGCCAACUGGAUGGAUUCGUCGUAAAUUGAACAAAAGACGCGCACGUGCUGCUCGUUGAGCAGCAGCCUUAUUUACAGCGUUUUCGUUUGCAACCUUUACCUUAUUUUUUCUUCAAUUUCUUCCUUUUUUCCUAGACAGACUUGCCUGUCAAAUUUUGUUUCGUAAAUGUAAAUAGCGCAUGAGCGACUUUGAAAAUAAAAACCAUGGUUUGUGCUUAUCUCAUCAACCGGCGAGCGACUGUGUUUCUGAAGCACAAUGGUACGUAGGAGGCAUUUA